AUGAGCGUCUUUCACCCUCUACCGCUGCUGCGGCUCGCCUGCAAACCUGCAUCUUCCAAACUACUGAGCGCUCGUCUUCCUCGAUACCUCUUUCGUGAUACCCUUUCUGCCCUCCCUCGAUCCAGCAUCGCCCAACGUCGUCGUCUCUUCACAUCUACCCCUCACAGACUUCGAUCCAACCCCAUCGCCAACAUGUCCGACCUCUCCGUCGAGCUGACGGCCCCUAACGGAGUCAAGUACACUCAGCCGACCGGUCUCUUCAUCAACAAUGAGUUCGUCAAGUCUGCCAAGGGCGAUACAAUCGACUCGAUAGACCCUGCCACUGAGGAGAAGAUUGCGUCCGUCCAAGCUGCAGAGGCGGAAGACAUUGACAAGGCCGUCAAGGCUGCGCACGCUGCUCUGAGACACGAGUCCUGGAAGGGGAUUUCGGCGACGGAUCGCGGCGCCAUGAUGUACAAGCUGGCCGACCUGAUCGAGCAGCACAAGGAGACCCUCGCGACCAUUGAGGCCUGGGACAACGGCAAGACAUACAACGACGCCCUCGAGGGUGACCUGGCAGAGUGCGUCACCGUCAUCCGCUACUACGCCGGCUGGGCCGACAAGACCUACGGCCAGACCAUCAGCACCAUCCCUCAGAAGUUUGCCUACACGAUCCGCCAGCCCAUCGGCGUGGUCGCGCAAGUGAUCCCUUGGAAUUACCCGUUGUCCAUGGCAACCUGGAAACUCGGGCCGGCGCUCGCCUGCGGCAACACCGUCGUGCUCAAAGCCGCCGAGCAGACGCCCCUCAGCAUCCUGUUCCUCGGCACGCUCGUCCAGCAGGCCGGCUUCCCGCCCGGCGUGGUCAACUUCGUCAACGGCUACGGCCGCGUCGCGGGCGGCGCCCUCGUGGGCCACCCCCUGGUCGACAAGGUCGCCUUCACCGGCAGUACGGCGACGGCCCGGGCCAUCAUGGGCGAGGCGGCCAAGACGCUCAAGAACAUCACCCUCGAGACCGGCGGCAAGUCGCCGCUGCUCGUCUUUGGCGACGCGGACCUCGAGCAGGCCGUCAAGUGGUCGCACAUGGGCAUCAUGUCGAACCAGGGCCAGAUCUGCACGGCCACGUCGCGGAUCCUGGUCCAGGAGUCCGUGUACGACGACUUCGUCCCCCGGUUCCUCGAGACGCUCAGGACCGUCAGCAAGGUCGGCAGCCAGUGGGACAAGGACACGUACCAGGGGCCCCAGGUGUCCAAGGUCCAGUACGAGCGCGUGCUGGAGUACAUCGACAUCGGGAAGAAGGAAGGGGCCACGCUCGCGGCCGGCGGCGAGCCCCUGAACAUCGGCGGCAAGGGCAAGGGGUUCUUCGUCGCGCCCACCGUCUUCACCAACGUCACCACCAAAAUGCGCGUGUGGGGCGAGGAGAUCUUCGGCCCCGUCGUCGUCAUCGCCAGCUUCAAGACCGAGGAGGACGCCGUCGCGCUGGCCAACGACAGCCAGUACGGCCUCGGCGCCGCCGUCUUCACGCAGAACGUCGAGCGCGCCCACCGCGUGGCGUCCGACAUCGAGUCCGGCAUGGUGUGGAUCAACAGCACCCAGGACAGCGACCCCCGCGUGCCCUUUGGCGGCGUCAAGCAGAGCGGCAUCGGCAGGGAGCUGGGCGAGGCCGGCCUAGAGGCCUACAGCCAGAUCAAGGCUGUCCACGUCAACAUGGGCACGAGGUUGUAG